CAGCGGCUGAACGUGUCGGUGUUGCUGGAGCUCGUGAUGAGCCUCGCUGCGGUCUAUAAAUUCGCGUCUAAACGUUUCAGCAGCUGCCCCUGAACAGAACCGGCUCGGUUCCGUUAGAGCUGGUUCGGGACCUUGUGAUGGAAAAUCUGGAAGUGAGCCUGUCAUCUCUCUCCAUCAUAUCCAGACAUGUGGACAAGAGUCACACCCAGAUCGGCCAGUAUCUGUCCAAGCAGAUAUGGAGCCAGCAGGACAGGCAGAGCAUUUUGGAGUGUUUGGCUCAGCUCCUCUUGGAGAAGGAUUAUACUCUGCUGAUUGCGCGUCACGUCCGGCCCCUGGUCCUCGAUCUGUUGGAGCGCAGCGCAGAGAGGGUCCAAGCUGGCGGCAGCAUCAACCAUGACCUUCAUGAGCGCCUGUGUGUGGCUCUCAGUAGACUCCUCGGCAUCAGUCCUGAUGCGCACGCGUUUGCCACAAGGUACUUCAGCAGUGCCCCACCGGUGUUCCAGAGGCUGUUUUUCACCAGCGAACAGGCCUCUGCUGUCCAGUACGGCCCCAGGAGAAUGAAGCUCCGUGACCUUAUGGCUGCCACCCUGCGUUUCCUCCAGAGUGACUGUGCCAAGUUUCGGAUGCUGUGGGACUGGAGUCCCUGUGUUUCACAGCUACUCACCAGUGAUGUCAUGGUUCGAGGGUCCACUGCCCAGUGUUUAGCACUGGUCUGCCACAUGACUGAUAAUCAGAAAGCCAUCUUCCUGAGAAAAGUGCUGUCAAAUGACGAAAUCCUGCACAUGAAGAUUAAAUCUUUCGAGGAAAGUCAGCAGAUGGAGGCCGAGAAAGCUCUGGUGUUAACCAAUCACAAGUCAGUGAUGUGGCAUCAGGAGGCAGCUCAUAGGUUCACCAUGGGCCAGGUGGUAUCAGAAGACCUGUCCAAAAGUGUUGUAGCAGUCUGUGGUGUAGUUCUGCCCAGGACUGUUCCCCGACAGGCUCAGCAGGCCGAGCCGACCAGUCUGGUGCUGGUGGAGUCAACCUGCCAGAACCUGAGAAGACUGGCUUUGGCUGUGGCUUCCCACAAAUCUGUGCUGCUCGAGGGUCCGAUUGGCUGUGGGAAAACUGUUUUGGUGGAGUUUAUGGCAGCCCUAACAGGUCAUACCAAAGCUGCAGACAUUCUCAAGGUCCAGCUAGGGGAUCAAACUGACAGCAAGAUGCUGCUUGGGAUGUACCGAUGUACUGAUAUACCAGGAAAGUUUGUGUGGCAGCCAGGAACCCUUACACAAGCUGUUUCUAAAGGCCUCUGGAUCCUUCUGGAAGACAUUGACCAUGCACCUUUGGAUGUGAUAUCUGUCCUCCUGCCUUUGAUGGAGAAUAAAAAGCUGAUGAUUCCAGGACGGGAAGAUUGCAUUGAUGUUGCUCCUGGAUUUCAGUUCUUUGCGACCCGAAGGAUGUACUACAGUGGAGGUAAUUGGCACAAACCACAGAACUCCCAUGCAGCAUUGCUAGACAAGUACUGGACCAAGCUGCAAAUGGGCAACAUGAGCCAAGCGGAACUGAAGAAGGUGCUAGUCCACAGGUUCCCCAUGCUGAUGGUGGUGUCGGACCGUCUGCUGGACAUCUACUGCCAGUUGACCGGUGAGAGACACUCUGAGCUGGACACCAGCACCAUGCAGACUGCCACAGAUGACCAGCAGGAUAAGCCCAAGGACAAAACCACAUCAUUGGAGGGGAGAGCUUUGUCAAUGAGAGACCUGCUGAAAUGGUGUGAGCGGAUCAGUGUGAACUUUGACAGCACUUCAUCUGCCACAGCACAACGUGUCUUUCUUGAGGCCCUGGACUGCUUCACAGCCAUGCUGUCCCUCCGUGCAAGCAGACUGCAGAUGGCUGAGAUCAUUGGAAGCAAGCUGAACAUCUCCAAGGAGAAGGCUCAGCACUUCUGCCAGCUGUAUCAGCCGGGCAUCUCGCUGACAGAGCUGCAGGCUACGGUGGGCAGAGCAACCCUGGCUCGAAAGCAGGCCGAGGCCGUGCAGCUGACCGUUAAAAACCGGAACCAGACGUUUGCUGCAACAAGACCCUCAGCCAUUCUGCUGGAACAACUGGCUGUGUGUGUGGCCAAGGGAGAGCCUGUCCUCCUGGUUGGAGAGACUGGAACAGGAAAGACCUCCACCGUACAACACCUAGCCGCAAUCACUGGACACAAGCUGCGUGUGGUGAACAUGAACCAGCAAAGUGAUACAGCUGACCUUCUAGGCGGCUACAAGCCAGUAGACCACCGGCAGAUCUUGCUGCCUCUGCGGGAGGCUUUUGAAGAACUGUUCUCCCAGACGUACUCAAGGAAGCAGAACCUGACUUUCCUGGGCCACGUGCAGACCUGCUUUCGGGAGAAGCGCUGGCAGGACCUGCUUCGACUCAUGGAUCAUGUCUGCAAGUCCACUCUGGGUACGCAGCUACAAGAAAAACCAGAAGAUUCCUCUCAAUUGGAGCAGUGGGAGGCACUUGCAUCAAAACUGAGUCAGACCCAGCAGCAGAUCCGAGCCUGUGAAACAGCCAUGGUGUUUGCUUUUGUGGAGGGCUCUUUAGCUCAGGCAGUGAAGAAGGGCCACUGGAUCCUGCUGGACGAGAUCAACCUGGCGGCAGCAGAGACCCUGGAAUGUCUAAGUGGGCUGCUGGAGAGCAGUGCUGGCUCUCUGGUGUUGCUCGAUCGUGGAGACACUGAGCCGCUGGUUCGCCACCCAGACUUCCGUCUCUUUGCAUGUAUGAACCCAGCUACUGAUGUUGGCAAAAGGAACCUUCCUCUUGGUCUGAGGAACAGAUUUACUGAGGUGUAUGUGCAUGAGCUGGAGAACGAGGGAGACCUGAGGAUUCUUGUCUCACACUACCUCAAAUGCUUGAACCCACAGAAAAGUGUCAUCAGUGGCAUCAUAAGUUUCUAUCUAGCAGCGCGGAAGGAGGCCUCGUCCCACCUGGUGGACGGGACCGGCCACAGGCCUCACUACAGCCUCCGCACUCUGUGCAGGGCUUUGAGCUAUGCAGCAGCCAACCCCUGCCACAGUGUCCAGCGCUCACUGUAUGAGGGCUUCUGUAUGAGCUUCCUGACGCAGCUCGACCGGAGCUCCCACCCUCUGGUCCAGAAACUGGUGUGUCAGCACGUUCUACUGGGGAACACCAAGUGUCUGAAACAACCAAUCCCAGCUCCACCAGGCCGGACCUGUGUGGAAAUAGAGGGCUACUGGGUGCCGCGAGGGGAAAUGGAACCAGCCCUGGAUCCCAGCUACAUCCUCAGUGCUUCCGUUAAACUCAACCUGCGGGACCUUGCCAGAGUGGUGUCUGCAGGGACACACCCAGUGCUGAUUCAGGGUGAGACGUCUGUCGGAAAAACCAGCCUCAUCCGCUGGCUGGCUUUGGCCACUGGGAACCAGUGUGUGCGCAUCAACAACCACGAGCACACGGACAUCCAGGAGUACAUCGGCUGCUACUCCUCAGAUGACAGGGGCAAGCUGGUGUUCAAAGAGGGCGUUCUGAUUGAUGCCAUGAGAAAAGGCUACUGGGUGAUCCUCGAUGAGCUGAACCUCGCCCCCACCGACGUCCUCGAGGCUCUGAACAGACUGCUGGAUGACAACAGGGAGCUGUUCGUAGCAGAGACCCAGGAAGUUAUCCAGGCUCAUCCUAGAUUCAUGCUCUUUGCUACCCAGAAUCCCCCAGGUUUCUACGGUGGCAGAAAGGUCCUCUCCAGGGCUUUCAGGAACCGAUUUGUGGAGCUGCACUUUGAUGAGCUGCCCAGUGGAGAACUUGAGACCAUCCUUCACCAGAGGUGUAGUUUACCUCCAUCCUACUGCACCAAGCUGGUCAGAGUCAUGCUGGACCUUCAGUCGUUGCGCAGAGGAUCGUCCGUAUUUGCUGGGAAACACGGCUUCAUCACUCUGAGAGAUCUGUUCCGCUGGGCGGAGCGCUACAGGCUGGAGGAGCAGAUGGCGGGCUCUCAGGACUGGCUGCAGCAUUUAGCGAAUGAUGGCUACAUGUUGCUGGCUGGACGAGUGAGGAAGCAGGAGGAGGAGGCCAUCAUCCUGGCCACCCUGCAGAAACACUUCAAACGGACAGUGAACCCCGACAACCUGUUCUCACAGAAACAGCUCACCAGUCAGUUCAGCCCCCUCAUCGACAGCGUUGCAGGAGUACCAGAAGAGUUCCGCCACGUUGUGUGGACCCACGGUUUGAGGAGGAUGGCUGUGCUGAUUGGCCGAGCUCUGCAAUUCGGGGAGUCUGUUCUGCUUGUAGGAGACACUGGAUGUGGAAAAACCACCAUAUGUCAGUUGUACGCCGCUCUGGCUGGACAGAAGUUCUUCUCCGUCAACUGUCAUUUGCACAUGGAGACAUCUGACUUCCUUGGAGGUCUGCGGCCGGUUAGAUACACCCACCAGACUGCUGGUGAGGAUGUCAGGCUCUUUGAGUGGAUUGAUGGACCUUUGGUGUUCGCUAUGAAGGAGGGAGGAGUGUUCCUCAUGGAUGAGAUCUCCCUCGCAGACGAUUCUGUGCUGGAAAGACUCAACAGUGUUCUGGAGACGGAGAAGUCUCUUGUGCUGGCAGAGAAGGGCAGUGGAGACAACGAUGAUGUGGAGCUGAUCAAAGCAGCUACUGGCUUCCGUCUAGUUGCCACCAUGAAUCCUGGUGGAGACUUUGGCAAGAAGGAGCUGUCUCCUGCCCUGAGGAACCGCUUCACCGAGAUUUGGUGUCCUCAGAGCAACAGCCGCAGUGACCUGGUUCAGAUCAUCCAACACAACCUGCGGGCCGGACUCUCACUUGACGGCGUGGACAUCGCAGAGCUGAUGCUGGACUUCAUUGAGUGGCUGACCCAGCAGGACUUCGGCAGGCGCUGCAUCCUGAGUGUUAGAGAUAUCCUCUCCUGGGUGAACUUCCUCAAUACUGUGUGUGAGAGAGACGAGGACAGCUUCAUGACCAUGAGAGUGCCUGAGGAAGAGGAAGAAGCGGAGUGGGACCUCAGACUGGAUGCUGUCACAGCUUUUGUCCAUGCUGCAUGUUUGGUUUAUAUCGAUGGCAUUGGCUCAGGGACUACAGUGUCCUGUGCAGACAGCGCCCUGUUUGCGCGUCGGAUGUGCCUCGGUUUCCUGCAGCAGAGGCUGAGUAAGAUGACCAAGCUAGAUGACGAGAUGUUGGAUGCUCUGAGAGUUUACGAUAGCUGCUUGCCACGGGAGCCUCAGUGGGGAGAGGACUUCUUUGGUAUCAGCCCCUUCUACAUCGCCACAGGGCCUGAAACGGAGAGCCGCACCCUGUCUGAGUACGCCAUCACAGCCGGCACCGCGGCAAUGAACGCCCAGCGGCUUCUACGAGCCCUCAAACUGCAGAGGCCUGUGCUGCUGGAGGGGUCCCCUGGGGUGGGAAAGACCAGCCUGGUGGCAGCACUGGCCAAAGCCUCUGGAAACCGUCUGAUCAGAAUCAACCUGUCCGAGCAAACGGAUGUCACUGACUUGUUUGGGACGGAUCUUCCUGUGGAGGGAGGGAAGGGAGGAGAGUUUGCAUGGCGAGAUGGCCCCCUGUUGGCUGCUUUGAAGGCUGGCCACUGGGUGGUCCUGGAUGAGCUCAACCUGGCCUCUCAGUCAGUGCUAGAGGGUCUGAACGCCUGCUUUGACCACAGAGCAGAGAUCUACAUCCCUGAGCUGGGCAUGAGCUUCCAGGUUCAGCACCAGAAGACCAAGAUCUUUGGCUGUCAGAACCCGUUCACCCAAGGCGGGGGACGCAAAGGAUUGCCCAAAUCCUUUCUCAACAGAUUUACUCAGGUUUUUGUGGACCAGCUGACCAGCAAAGACAUGGAGUUCAUUGGAAAUUCCAUCUUUCCCACCAUUGAUAAAGAAAUCAUUGGAAAAAUGGUUGAGUUCAAUAACCGGCUCGUCCAGGAGGUCUGUGUUGAGAGGCUGUGGGGGCAGAAAGGGAGCCCCUGGGAAUUUAACCUACGGGACAUAUUCCGCUGGUGUCAGCUGAUGCAGACCGAUCAAGCGCCAGGAUUUUUCGACCCAGGCCAGCAUGUAGCCUUGGUGUACGCUGACAGAAUGAGAACAGAGGCUGAUAAGACGAAGGUGCUGUCUGUGUUUAGGGAGGUGUUCGGGGAACACUACGAGCCUUACUGUGGCUCCAGGGAGUUUCACAUCACUCCUCUCAAUGUGCAGGUGGGCUUCUCCGUGCUGAAUCGCAGUGGUGGGGCCCCUGUGACUCUCGACCCCCUGCUCUCUAUCACACACCAGUGCCUGAAGCCCUUAGAGUCGUUGAUGAAGUGUGUGGAAAUGGGCUGGAUGACUAUAGUAGUUGGACCAACAACCAGUGGAAAGACGAGCCUGGUGAGACUGCUGGCCCUGCUGACAGGACACCGUCUCAGGGUCAUGGCCAUGAACAGUGCCAUGGACACCACUGAGCUCCUGGGAGGGUUUGAGCAGGUGGACAUCAUGCGUCCAUGGCAGCAAGUGUUGGAGUCAGUUGACUACACAGUUGCCAUGGUAAUAAGGCGCGGACUGAUGUCUCUUGAUGAUGGUACCCAGGACACAGAGUUUCUGCUGCAGACAUGGGGCGUGUUCUGUCAGUGGUUAAGGGAGAAAGGACUACAAAGACCAGGAGGAAGUGUAAACUCUGAGGCGCUGAACAAGUUGGAGGUCAUCAUCCUCCUCCUGCAGAAGCUAAACACCAAGCUUAAAGUGUUCACCGACAUGUCCAAGCUGCAGACGGAGUUCACUCUGCUGAAGGAGCGUCUGGCUCAGCUGGAGGAUGGCUGGACUAAUGGGGGCUUCGAGUGGUUGGAUGGGAUGCUGGUCCAAGCCCUGCAGGCUGGGGACUGGUUGCUUAUGGACAAUGUCAACUUCUGCAGCGCAUCUGUCUUAGAUCGCCUCAACGCCCUUCUUGAGCCAAAUGGAUCGCUUUCCAUCAACGAGCAUGGCAUGAUCGAUGGCAAGACUCCCAUAAUCACCCCACAUCCUAACUUCAGGCUGUUCCUCACCAUGGACCCCGGUCACGGGGAGCUGUCCAGAGCCAUGAGGAACAGAGGGGUGGAGGUUUACAUCCCAGGGGAACAUGAGGGAGUGUGCUGGGACACACUGGACCUAAAGGUUCUGCUCCACUCUGCUGGUGUGACAGGGGACUGUGUGUAUGAUCUACUGAUUGAAAUACAUAAAGGCAUCAGAUCUGCCAUCUGGGACUCGCCGGCCGGUUCUGUGGCGUCCCUUCUCCACGCGGGCUCCCUGCUGUCCUGCCAGCUGCAGAGAGGUGCAGAUCUGCGCGGUGCCCUGCGGCAGGCCUGUGCUGAGGCGUACUCAUUCUCUCAGCGCACUGCUGCCAAUCAGAAGCAAUCCCAGCAGGUGAUUGAGCAGCACUUGGCCUUCCAGGAUGCAGGGGAUUGGGGUAAUGGACUGCUGUGUGCCGGGGUCUGGCCUGACGCCUUCCCCUCAGCUCUUCUCACCACAGAAGACUCCUGCUUCUCCUCUGUUCUGAGAGACGGGCAGGUCCUCCUGUUCUGCCUCAACUCCCUUAGCCUGCAGGGAAAACGGAGUCGUCCAAUGAGACUGAGGGACCUGCAGCAGGCCUUGCAGAGCAGCGGAGUCCACGCGGACUGUGUGUUUUCUGGAGGAGUGGAGGACAUGGAGGAAGGAGACGCUCUCAGGCUCAUCCCCACAGCAGUGAGGCUGGUGACGGAGAGGGCAUCCCAUGGGGAUUGGAUCCUACGUGGCAGCUGGCUCUCCAACCUGGCGAAGAGCUACAAAUACCUACCUGACCCAGCGCUGGUCCAGGUGGAAGCGGGGAACCGAGCUCUGAAGGCCGUGUUUAGCAGUAACCUCGCUGUAAAGGGGAAGACGCUGGCAGAGCUGCUCCAGCCUCACAGCAAAGAUGAAUACAGGAUUCUGAUGGACAUGCGCUGGAACAAACAAUAUCUGGACAUUUUGACCAACAAGUGCAACUUUGAGGAUGAAGAGCGCUACAUGGAGUUUCUAGAGGCUCUGAAUGCAGUUGCAAACAGGAUCCUUCUGCUGAUGGAUCGGGAGGAGAAAGCCGUCACCUGCUCCUCCACCAUCAGCGCAGCUCCUCAAGAUACUGCUAUGAGAGUAGCCACAGCUUUCAGCAGAGGAACCAUAGAUAUCAGUCAGCUGCCUCACCCCAUGCUCAUGCACCUGCGGCCUUUCUUUGACCUGUGGGACGCCUACGUCCUGCAGGCCGUGCAGAGCGGACAGCCCUACAUCUCUGAUCACGUCAUGUUUGAGAUCCUGCAGCUGCUCCGCUGGCGCGAUCAUUUCUGGGACGUGAGCAUCAGGCUUCAAGCUGACUCUGGGGGCGUCUCUGUGCUGUCUCUGCACUGGCAGUGGGUUCAGAAGCACCUCAUCCUCCGCCUCCCUCAGCUGCUGAUGGGAGACACAGGCACAACUUUGGAAGGUCAGCAGGACUUACAGGCAGUCUCAGCAGCCAUUCAGAACAGUUUAUCCGCUCCCAUGUCUGUGGCUGCUGCUCUGAAAGGCAUCCAGCGAUCUCUGGGAAAAGCUCUGCCUUUCAAGCUGGAGUCUGUUGCUGAGUGUGCUUCUCGGCUCAGGCUCCUUAGUAAAGCUAUGGAUGUGAACGAGCUCAAGCUGGACAGCUCUAUUAGCUGCUUUAACCAGGAAAUUAUCCGAAUUCAGGGCGCUGGACUGUGGCUUGACAUCAAAGAAAGCCUCCUUGAAGCAUCGGGUCUGGUUCUGUCAGCAAACAACCAGCUGGACCCACAGAAGUCUGGGAUACUGGAGAAGCUGCUGCUGUGUGUGGAGCAGCAGCAGUGUCGCAUGACCGCCAAGGGACUCUCAGGGGUCAGAGCCACGCCUGAUGGAGAAGAAUCAGGCGCCGGAGUCCGCAUGAGCAGAGAGGAGCUGCUUCAGCUCAGGGGCAAGACUCAACUGUGGCCUCUGAUGGAGGGGCUGUCAGUUCUCAACCAACUGCGACUCAGCACAGAUCUGCUGCACCUGGCUCUGUCUCCAGGUGACCAUAGCGCUGAAGACUGCUUACGCCGGGAGCUCUCCAGACACCUUCGUUUCUGCCUUCAGUCAACGUCGAUGAAUGUGGGGCAGUUGCAGUGUCUGUGGUUCCUGCUGAGCAGUGACGGGCUGCCUGAGAAGCUGCCCUUGGUGUGGUGUGAACUGCUCUCGGAGGCCCUGGCAGCCCUUUGGACCUGCAGUGUGACAUCAGAUCCUAACCGCUGGCUCACAUGGGACCCCGUGAAUCCAGAGACCCAGCCGGGUCCGAAGCUGCAUCCCGGAGCAGAAAACGCGGGCCCAGCCUUGCUGAGUAAAGCAGUGUGGUCCCACUGCAUGCUGGGAGUGCUGAACAGUAGCGGGAGCGCUGGUCGGUGGGAGCCCAACGCCGAGGCCCUCCUCUCCUCAUCUCACGUCAGCCUUGGGGAGUGGAAGGAGAGGAUGCAGCAGCUGGAGGUCUUUUCCUCUGUACUGUGGGACAACAUGGCUUUCCCUUCUCUGGCACAUUUCAGGAGUACAAACCUUAGGCUGCAGGGUGCAGUCCUCCGUCGGCAGCUUCAGAGCAUGGCCGACCUACUGCCUCCCAACCUACAGGAGGGCUACAUGGAGAGCUGUGAGAGCCUGGUGGAGGACCCCCACCCUCUCAUUGCUACCCAGGAGAUCCAGACAGUCCUGAAGAACUUCCUGCCUCCGAACCUGCUGCCCGAAGGCCUGAUGGCAGCGUGCACAGCCUGUCUCCAACAGUUUGUCCAGAGCAAAGCUCAAGGUGGAGACUCGCUGGCACAGUGCGGAGCUUUUUGGGUCAGCAUGGGCCUCCUGCAGGUCCGGGUGUGGACGCCACAGACCAUCUUUGACCCAGCAGUAAAAAGGGCCUACAAAUUCAACUACGCUCAGCAGGAGCUGGCUCUGCUGCAGGACGAGUGGAAAGCUCGUAGUUUCUCGUCUAAGCUGAAGACCGGAGAGGAGCUGAAGGAAAGCAGCACCACUGAUGGCUUCCAGCAUCCCAGAAUCAGGUAUCUGUGGAUCCGCAUGCAGCAGGUGAAGGAGCAGAUAGCAGAGUUGUCCAGGAAGCAGGCCUUCCGCCCUCGGGAGCCCCAGUAUGGUCGGCUCUUCCAGGACCUGCAUCAUUACCUGGCCAGUAUCGGCCACACGUCGGCUAUUGAAGGCCUCUUGUCUCAGCUGCUAAAGGCCCUCCAGGACCCUUCAUCGUUCAGGUCCAAGGCAGCGAUCAAGGCUCUCCUGAGAGAGGAGGCCGUGUGGCAGAACUCCCAGCAGCGCUUCUGCCAGAAGCUGGUGAUGGACUAUCCUCUGUUCCCUGACCUGGUCGGCCCUGUCAGGACUGGACUUCUCCAGCUACAGCACGGCAUGAGGCUGGUGGCCUCCCAGGUGGCUGCCUCUUUGACUCCUGUGCCGGGUCUGCCCAAGCUUGUGUCCUGCUUACUGGCCUUCCCCUCCGUCUCUCCCUGUCUCCCGUCUGACCUGACUCGGGCAGAAUUUCUGUGCUCCAGGACCUGCAUGGAUGUUCUGCAGAGCCUCCUGAAACUUCUGCCCCAUCAGGACCCGGAUAAUGUGAUCCCCCAAUCCUCCACUCUGCUACUGAAUGCUCUGCUGUAUCUCCAGUGUUUCAGCUUGUCCACAGGAGAGCUGAGCGAGGAAGCAUGCAGCCUCUUCAGACACAUCUGUCAGGCUGUGGUGAAUGAGUGGGAUAACCAGGAGAAGCGGAAGCAGGAACAGGAGCAGAUGGAGGCCUCUCUGUACCGCAGCCGCAGCCAACUGCAUGGGUCCGGCCUGACCGAAGACGAGCAGGAGGAGAGGGAUUUCAGGCGCCAGUUCCCUCAGUUCAACAAGGACUUUGCAGAUCUGUUGUCCCAACCCAGUCUGGAGGGCCCAGCUGACACAGAACUGGAAUGUGAGGAAGACGACGCCCAUCAGGGGGCGGCAGAGACAGGCACGCUGUCUGUCUCUGCCAUGAACACAGUGGUCCAAGUACAUCAGCGCAUGUGUCUGGGUUACGCCCAAUCACUCUGGUACCAGAGCACACCACCAGCCAACCACAGCAAAGAACACAUCAAAGCCCUGAUCUCAUCCUAUCAGAUUGCAUCCCCUUUGAUGUCCCGCUUCUACCAUCUGAUGGAUUCAGAGCUGGAUCUGCAGCUGACAGGCUGCGGCCUGUUGCUCUCUGCCCUCCUCCAGAACACGGUGAAGGGCUCUGGGGGUUCUGAUGAGCUGGCCGUGUCACCAGAAGGACCUUAUGACUUCUAUCAGCAGCCUAACAUGAGUGAGGCUCGCCUCUGCCUCUCUGUCUUGGAACAACUACGUGAGGCAGUGAAGCAGAGGCUGGAGGAAUGGCCUGAGCACCCUUCUCUUGUCCAGCUCACCGUGGUCAUGGAGAGGAUCAUGUCUUUCAGCUUGGCCUGCCCUCUUGCAAAGUUCCUGAAUGGUCUGGAGAUUCUGCUCAGUAAAGCGCAGGACUGGGAGAACAACGCCAGCCGCUCCGUGUCUCUGCGGAAGGAGCUGGAGCCGGUCACCCAGCUCAUCAUCCAGUGGCGCAAACUGGAGCUGAAUUGCUGGUCGAGUAGUCUGGACAAUGCACUGCAGCGACACACUGAGAAAUCCACCAAACACUGGUUCUCCAUCUACCAGCUGGUGGAGCGAUACCUAGAACAACAGAGAACCGGGGCUAGCGCAGGAGAGCAGGCAGAGAGCCUCUCCCUGUCCUCCGUGUCCUCUACUCUUGAAGCCUUCAUGGAAAGCUCCACCCUGGGCGAGUUUCACACCCGUCUCAGAAUGCUGCUCAGCUUCCACUGCCACCUCCUGCUGGUCCCCAACCUGCCGGGACAAGAGUCUUUGCCCAGCCUGCUGUGGAACCUUCACAAGUACUACAGCCAGUUCUCCGAGGCUGUCCAGGGCAAGCUGGUCCAGCUCAGGCAGCCCAUUGAGAAGGAGCUUAAAGACUUUGUCAAGAUUUCCAAGUGGAAUGAUGUCAGCUACUGGUCCAUCAAACAGUCGGUGGAGAAGACCCAACGCACGCUCUUCAAGUUUGUAAAGAAGUUUGAAGCAGCUCUUGCUAGCCCCAGCCUUGCUGCGCUGGUGGAACAAGGGAGCGGCGCAAACACGGACUCUGUGGUCGCUGGCUCAGGGGACGGCUCCAUCCAACGGUUCCAUCAGGUGCUGAAGGGCGCCAUGCCUGGCCAGGGCAGAGAUCUGCAGAGUGAGGACCUCGAGGAAGGAGCUGGAUCCUCUUCUUUACAGGCCCGGCUGCCUGUUUUGUUCCGGAGGAUGAAGAAGAUGUGCAUCCAGCUGCUGAAGAAGAACUCAGUGCCUGAACUGGCCGAAGAUCUGGACCAUUUCACCAGCGAGAUCCUCAGCAACCUGCGAGAGCUGCAGAGCCUCGGCGUCAACACGGCAGCAACAAAAGAAAAGCAGAGGGCAGAGGUCAAACACAUCCUUCAGCAGAAGCAGAGAGCGCUCUCUGACCUGUUCAAAACGCUCUCUGAAAUAGGUCUGUCGUACCGGAAAGGCCUGACGUGGAACAGGACGGCAGGCCCAGAAAGCACCCUUUGCAUGCAGCCACUGGAGAUGAGCACCGCGCUUUCCACCGUGAAGAACCAGCAGAAGCUUGAGCGCCUGUUGUUUCCAGAGUUGAUGGCAGCCUGGGAAGGAUGUCAGAAAUACUUUUAUCGUUCCUGGGCCAGGAGAACAGCCCUGCUGACGGCUCUCCAACAUGCCACUAAGGAGCUCGGUGUUGGGAACAUAGACCGCUGCAGAGGUUUUUCCUCUCACCUGUUUAAGCUGCUGCUCAGACAGAGGCAUCGGCUGGCCGAGCUGACUGAACAGUGGGUCUCCCUCAGGAAGCUAACAAACAACGUCCAGGACAUUAAAGCUCACCUCCAGACUCCCGGUGGGGGUGCGACCUGCGCCCUGCCCCCCCAGGACUCUCUGCAGGACUGGUUCAGAAGGGGCCAGGUGCUGGCAGCUCAGUGUGCCGCCCUUCUGCAGCAGCUGUCCUGGCUGCUGCAGUGUUGUCCUGAGGACCCCCAGGACAAGGAGCAGACGAGUGGCAGCAGCAGGCACCACACCUUGGUGUGCCCUUCCCCUCUGGCCAUUCAGCAGCAACCCGCUGGUUGCCUGUUGAAAAGAGGAGACCCCGAAUGGUGUCACCUCCACCAGCGAAUCGUUGCGAUACUAAAGGAUGCCCAGAGUCUGAAGGAGAAGCUGGGCUCUCUGGCACAACGGGGCUCAGACGGACUUCUCUGCACAUGGAGCAGUUUUACCACAUGCUGUAGUGCCAUGGAGCAGCUGGCUGGUGUGGCAGCCCACGUGUCCAGCAUAGAGCGGCUGUUCUCCCCGGUCAUCAGUGUGGGCAGAGCAAACAGCGAGCCGGCCGUAACACAGAGCCUGCAGUAUGUCCGAGGGCAGGUGGAGACGUGCCUUACAGAGUUUGCCUCCUGGAAGAGCCAGCUGCCCCCCCUGGGCCAGCAGCCCACAGGUCAACAGUCGGCCUUCUGCACCGACUUCUCCGCUCAGCUCGAGGCGAACAUUGGUGCGGUGCUGUGUGCAGUCCAGAAAAUCGUGAAGAGAAGGGAGAGAGAGCAGCAAGGAGAGAAAGGCGGAGAUUCAAAGAAAGAUGAAGCUGAGGAGGGCGACGAGGAGCCUGUGGAGGAUCUGCUGAAGCCUGGUCACCUGACCCGGCUCCUGGACCAGGAGCUAGAAGCUGAGGUGGAGGCUCUGUCUGUGGCUAACGUGAAUGCUGGCGUGAGCCGGCUGCUGAGCUGUCUGAGGAGCCACAGAGACUCCUGUCAGCCGCUACAGCUUCAGGAUGUGAGCAGUGCCUGCAGGAUGCUGGUCCGCUUUCAACCUCUGCUGGGAAUUUACUCUGACCUGGUGCGGUACUACCUGUCUGUGUCAGUCGGAGUCCACAGAAGCACAGGCAAACUGCUCUGUGUCCUGUCCAGCAUCUUCACCGAGCUCGCCCAGAAGGGUUUCUGCCUGCCUCAGGAGCUGAUGGCUGAUGGCGAUGGAGAGGGUGCCACAGAGUUUCAUGACUACGAGGGCGGUGGGAUUGGAGAGGGAGAUGGCGCCAAAGAUGUCAGCGAGAAAAUUGAGAAUGAAGAUCAGGUGGAGGACACCUUCCAGGAGGGUACAGAAAAAGAAGAGGAGCAGGAUAAAGAAAACAUUAAGUCUGAAGACAACGCCAUUGAAAUGUCCGAAGACUUUGAAGGACGAGUACAGGAUGGGGAUGAGAAUGAAGCUGGAGGAGAGGAGGAGUCCGACGAAGAGAAUAAAGAGGAGCUUGACAAAAAGAUGGGAGACCUGGGAGAAGGUCAGAUAGACACUUUGGAUGAGAGAAUGUGGGGAGAUGAUGAUGAUGAUGAACAAGGAAGUGACAAGGAAGAGGAGUCUGGAGAGGGCAUGGACCAGGGGGACUCAGAACUGGUUGCCAAAGAGGACAACUUGGAUGCAGCAGAGUCCAACAGAGAGAAGAAGAGCCAGGACAAGGACGAGCAGACCCGUGAAGAGGAUAUGGAGAAGAUCCAUGAACAAGGAGAUGAGAGAGAGUUUGAUGAGAACGAGGUGGACCCCUACCACGGUCAGCAGGAUAAGACCCCAGAACCUGAGGCCAUGGAGCUACCCGAGGACCUGAACCUGGACCGGGAUGAAGAGGCUGGAGAAGAGGAGUGUCAGGGUGACGAUGAGAACCCAUUAGACAUCUCUGACAAAGCCAUGGAGCAGGAGGUGAACGAAGAAGAAGAAGAGCCGAGAGAUGGUGAGGAAGACGGGCCAGGAGAGACUGAGAUGGAGGAGAACCUGAGAGAUGAUGAAAAUAAUCAGGAAACAAAAGCUGACGAAGAGGAUAAGGAAGGAGAAGAGAAAACAGAAGGGGAGGAAGAGGUGGCCAACGAAGAUGAAGAAAAGGAGGAGAAGGACAAUAUAGAAGGGCAGGAAGGAAAAGAGGAUUUGACUAUACCAAAUGACAGCGGAGAUAAACCAAAGCAGGAGGAGGGACCUGAGGACGAACAAAAUGAGCAGCCCAGCUCUGCUGAGAGGAAGGAGCACAGUGCAGAUGGCCAGACCGGAGAGGAAAACAUUCAGAGUGACACAGCGGUGGAACUGGCAGGUGCUGCUUCAGAGAAGGAUCAGGCUAAAGAGGAGCAUGGCAGUGGAGCAGCUGAUGCCAGCCAAUCAGAAGGCCACCAGUCAAAGCUGACAGCGAGGAUGGCCUCGCAGGCACAGACUCGGAGCAAGACUCAGAGCUUUAAGAGGAAACCUGGCCAAGCGGAUAACGAGCGGUCAACGGGGGACUACAACGAGCGCAUCAACAAGCGCCUGCGGACGGUGGAAAGCAGCCAGGAGUGCAGUGAGAGCAGGCAGACUGAAGGCCAGCCGGUGUCUGAGCUCUAUGAACAUAUCAAAGAUGGAGAUACGGCCUACGACGCUCAGACUUAUGAUGUUGCCAGUGCAGAACAACAAAAAGCAGCCGGACCUCCAAAGAAUCAGAACGAGGAUGAAAAUGAUGAUGUUGCCAUGGAAACAGAGGACCAGGUGGAACAGCUCCUGUCUGUCACAGUAGAAGAGCUGAAGCCCGACCAGCUGGACUCUUCCAAGUCUUACCAGAAAGGUGUAGAAAGCGGAGACAUUGAGGCGCAGAUGCAGGACGAGCAAGAUGAGAGGCUUAAGGACCAACAACAGCCCAGAGAGGAAGAGCGAGCUCCCAGAAGCUCUCAGUCAACCAUUCAUACCGUUCCUGCUUUCCUGCUCAACACUCUGCAGAAACCAGAGCGAGACCCAGAGGAACUGAGGAAGGAGAUGGAGCUCCAGCUGGAGGCCUGGAGAAAGCUGGCUUCAGGCAUUCAGGAGGAGGAGGCCGCUGCAGCUUCUAUGUGGCUCCAGUACCAGGCUCUGACCUCGGCUCUCUCCCAGCAGCUUUGCGAGCAGCUCCGCCUCAUCCUGGAGCCCACACAGGCCGCCAAGCUCAAAGGGGAUUACCGCACAGGGAAGCGUCUGAACAUGAGAAAGGUGAUCCCUUACAUCGCCAGCCAGUUCCGAAAGGACAAGAUCUGGCUGAGAAGGACCAAAGCCAGCAAGAGAGAGUACCAGAUCUGUCUGGCAGUGGAUGACUCCUCCAGCAUGGUGGACAACCACUCCAAGCAGCUGGCCUUUGAGUCGCUGUCGGUGAUCAUCAACGCUCUGACGCUGCUGGAGGUUGGACAGGUGUCGGUGUGCAGCUUUGGAGAGCAGAUGCAGCUCCUGCAUCCCUUCCAGCAGCAGUUUAACGACGAGUCGGGGGCUCGCAUCCUCCGCCUCUGUCAGUUCCAGCAGAAGAAGACCAGAAUCGCCCAGUUUUUGGAGACGUCCACAAAAAUGUUUCUCUCAGCACGCCAGCAGAUUCCAGGCUCCAUUAACUCAGAGACGGCCCAGCUGCUGCUCAUCGUGUCUGAUGGCAGGGGACUGUUCCUGGAGGGCAAGGAGCGAGUGGUGGCAGCUGUGCAGGCGGCACGCUCUGCAAACAUAUUUGUGAUCUUUGUGGUGCUAGACAACCCCAACACCCGGGACUCCAUCCUGGACAUCAAGGUGCCCAUUUUCAAAGGACCAGGAGAGAUGCCAGAGAUCCGCUCCUACAUGGAGGAGUUCCCCUUCCCCUUCUACGUCAUUCUGCGAGACGUCAACACCUUACCAGAGACCCUAAGCGACGCACUCCGCCAGUGGUUCGAGCUCAUUACAACCGCUGACCAGUAGGCGGGCGAGAAGCUUUGACACUGGGAGGAAAGAACAAGCAGCGGCCAGCUGCUGAAAUCUGCUGCUGCAACAGGACAGACUUAGAAAGCAUAGUCUGCAUGUGCCUUGAAAACAUAAUUUCUCCUUGCCAGAUAGCAGUGUUUUGUCUAAUUGGAGGAUUGGCUUUAUUUUGGAAUCUGACAGGAAACAUUUGCAGCAAAGACUAAACUUUUGUGAAGGCUGCUCUUGUUCUUCGUGUUCUCUGUAGUGCAGAGCUGCCGUCAGUGUCUACCACCUUCCCUGGACCACAGGGUGUACCAGACGUUCAGAGGAACUGAUAAUGUGCCUUGGAGACCACAGCAGCCUGAGAGCAGCAGCAGUAUUUUUACCCCUUACUUUUCAGUGCAUGUGCAAGACAGGCAUCAUGAUGACAAAUGUGAGGAAUUUCUAAUGUGAACAGAAAUAUUUGCCAGUUCUGCUGUAUUUACCUACUACUGGGGAGUAUAUAAAGAGUUGGCCACUUACAUCACUCUAACCUGGCAGAGGUGUUGAUAGGUCCUUAUUUUACUAUCAUUUUUAAUCAAUGGUAAUAAAGUUUUAUGGCUGAAACUUGAA